AUGCAUCGAUUUAUUAUAUUACUUGUGUUAAUUGUUCUUAUUGAUGCUAAUUCUGAUGAUCAAAAUUUCGAAAAUCGUCAAGAACGAAAUAUAGAUCUUAAUAAUUGGCAAUCAGCUGAUGCAUUAUUUAAACAAUGUUAUCUAAAUGAAAAUCGUCAGAUGGAAACAGAUUAUCGACGAAGAGUUUCAGGAUAUCCAUCAAGAAUGAGACCAGUUGAAGGACCAAUUAAUGUCGAACAUAUACCAGCAAUGUUAGCAGCUAGACAUGUUAGACGUUAUCCUUAUUCUCGACGAGAUGAUCCUGCUAUUAUGUAA